AGGAUUAAAAUAGAAAUAUGUUUGCUGUUUGAUUAUGCUGAGUAAUAAUAAUGUCUAUGAUGCGAAUUAAACACCGGAAAGUUGACGAAGGCACGAGGAUUAUUGAAAUAGCUCGUGGUAGAAGUGGCUACGGAUUCACUUUAUCUGGCCAGGGUCCCAGCUUUGUGAGUUGGGUUGUGCAAGCAAGCCCUGCAGAACAAAUAGGAUUAACAGUUGGGGAUUAUGUAAUAUCUGUCAAUGGGAGCGACGUUUCAAAGUCAAACCAUGAAGAUGUUGUCCGGCUAAUCGGAAUAUCCACUGGUGCGUUGUUUCUAGGAGUUUGUAAAUCUUUGGACUUUCCAGCAACCAAAGAACAAGAUAAUUCAGACCACCUUGCACAAUUAUCAACUCUGAGGUCCCGCACGGCACCAAGCUUUAGCAGGACGGACAAAGUGCUUAAAGAUUUAUAUUCGGGUGAAAUAUUCAAGAAUAUGUCAACUAUCACACCAGAUAAGCAUACGACCCAGGUCUCAUCUGAUUUACCACCUCUACCUAGCAUGGUAAUGGUGCAAGCUGUAGUCGCUUAUCUUGGCACUGUGGAGAUACCGACGACACCAUCUACGAUACCUGAUGCAAGCCUUGAAGCUGUACGAGGAUGUGUGCAUAGGCUGAGGGUGGAACAGCAUAUUCACCAAAGAGUUUUGCUCAAGGUCACACAGUCAGGUGUGAAACUACUGAAUGCUGAUGGUGACAUCAUAGCAGUUUAUAAAUCAGAGAAACUAAGAUUUUGUUCUUUAUGUCCAGAGGAUGCGAGGUUCUUCUGUUUGGUUACUUCACAA